ACAUCGCCUCUCCAUAUAUACGACACCCCCGCUCCCCCCUGCAAUGCACACAACACCAGUAAGCAAGCACCGCCAGCACGCACAAGCAGGCAAAGCUCUCGACCAUCGCUCUGAGGGAUUAAUGGCGGCGGGAGGAGGAGGCGGCGGCAUCGCCGACGAGAAGGCCCCUGCUGCUGAGGCGUUCGGCGGGCACCUGGAGGCGGCGGAGAUGACGGAGGCGGAGGAGGAACACAGCGGCGUCAAGUCCCGGCUGUCGGGUCUGCUGUGGCACGGCGGGUCGGCGUACGACGCGUGGUUCAGCUGCGCGUCGAACCAGGUGGCGCAGGUGCUGCUGACGCUGCCCUACUCGUUCGCGCAGCUGGGGAUGCUGAGCGGCGUGCUGUUCCAGCUCUUCUACGGCCUGCUGGGCAGCUGGACGGCGUACCUGAUCAGCAUCCUGUACCUGGAGUACCGCACCCGUCGGGAGCGCGAGAAGGCCGCGGACUUCCGGAACCACGUGAUCCAGUGGUUCGAGGUGCUGGACGGGCUGCUGGGCCGGCACUGGCGCAACGCCGGGCUGGCCUUCAACUGCACCUUCCUCCUCUUCGGCUCCGUCAUCCAGCUCAUCGGCUGCGCCAGCAACAUCUACUACGUCAACGACCGGCUGGACAAGCGGACGUGGACCUACGUCUUCGGCGCCUGCUGCGCCACCACCGUCUUCAUCCCCUCCUUCCACAACUACCGCGUCUGGUCCUUCCUGGGCCUCGUCAUGACCACCUACACCGCCUGGUACAUGGCCGUCGCCUCGCUCGUCCACGGACAGGUCGAGGGCGUCCAGCAUUCGGGGCCCACAAGGAUCGUACUCUACUUCACCGGGGCGACCAACAUACUCUACACGUUCGGGGGACACGCGGUCACAGUGGAGAUCAUGCACGCGAUGUGGCGUCCUCAGAAGUUCAAGGCCAUCUACCUGCUGGCGACGCUGUACGUGCUGACGCUGACCCUCCCUUCCGCCGCCGCCUCCUACUGGGCGUUCGGCGACGAGCUGCUGACGCACUCCAACGCGCUGGCGCUGCUCCCGCGGACGCCCUUCCGCGACGCCGCCGUGGUGCUCAUGCUCAUCCACCAGUUCAUCACCUUCGGCUUCGCCUGCACCCCGCUCUACUUCGUCUGGGAGAAGCUCAUCGGCCUCCACGACUGCCGUAGCCUCUGCAAGCGCGCCGCCGCCAGGCUCCCCGUCGUCGUCCCCAUCUGGUUCCUCGCCAUCAUCUUCCCCUUCUUCGGGCCCAUCAACUCCGCCGUCGGCUCGCUCCUCGUCAGCUUCACCGUCUAUAUCAUCCCGGCGCUCGCGCACAUGGUCACCUUCAGGUCGCCGCAGUCGAGGGAGAACGCCGUGGAGCGGCCGCCGAGGUUCGCCGGAGGGUGGACAGGCGCUUACGUCAUCAACUCCUUCGUGGUGGCGUGGGUGCUGGUGGUCGGCUUCGGCUUCGGAGGCUGGGCCAGCAUAACUAACUUCGUGCAGCAGGUCAACACCUUCGGCCUCUUCGCCAAGUGCUACCAGUGCCCGCCGCAUCUCACUGCUGCCCCGCCGGCGGCCUUCAUGCCGCCGCCGCCACCAAUGGCCGCGGCGCCCUCCAUGCCACCGGCGGCGACGGCGUUCAAUGCCACCGGCCUCUUCUUCCCUCCGCUGCCAGCCCCGGCUCCGGCUCCGUCGCCGAUGAUCAACUUCUUCCUCCGCCACCACCACCGUGGGCACCACGGCCGCCACGGCCUGUGACGUCGUCGUCGACGCGCUGUGCAUUGCAUGCAUGGUCGCUAGCGCUGCGCCUCUGUCACGUACGGCCGAUUACUCCCUGUCGAGUUUGCUCCACAGUAGUUUUAGCUAGUUAUAUAUCUUGGUCAUCAGCACGCAGCAAAGGUGCAAGUUAAUUAGCUACUAGCCUGAUUAGUAAAAGUUGUGUGUCGUCAAAUGCCCUGUUGUACGUUCAUCAGAUAAAAGAGAUCGAGGUACACGUGGAUGAGAGUCUGGACGUACGUACGGUCAUAAGGCUAGGUAACUCUGCCUACAUGAUCGUCAGGAUACGUUUGGAGUCCCUUGUCCUGUACCGUGUCCUUGUGUGUAGCUGCUUUCGAGAAAGAAGCUGAGCAGAAAAAGAAAAAAAAAAGAGAAUGGAAUGUUGUUACGUUUUCCUCUCACGCA